CAAGAAUAAUAAUUCUUAUAAUGCAAAACUAACAAAGUAGCUAUGCACUGGGUGUUCUCGUGUCCAUCAUUGUCCUCUGAUUUUGAGAUUUACUAAAAAAAAAAAACAGGAAUGUGAAGUGAAGAUAUGACUGUAAAUAGAUCAUAGAUGCCUGUUCCAUGUUUUAUUGAUGUGAUUAGAAUUGAAAAAUACAGUGAUACAUUAACAGAUGCAGAUGAUUUAUGUGUGAAUACUUACUUAUUUCUGAUUUGUUUCCCUAGUAGCAUAAACAUUUCACAGUACAUGAAUGUAUUGGACCAAAACAUUGUACCCAGGAUCACAGACAGAACUUCUUCAAUACCUCGUGAAGAUCUCAAAUAUAAUUUCAUGUGUUUAAGUAUUAAAUAAUAUUGACUGACAACAUUUUUUUCUCUCUCACUUCCUUGGCUUGUCCCGUUCUUUUCUUCUUCAUUUUCUCCUCUUUCUUCUGCUCCUUUUUCUCCUUCUUGCUCUUCUGUCUCUCUCUGUCUCUUGUUUUUGCUGUACUUAAUGAUGAAUUUUUCAACGGUCUCGACAUUUGUUCUACUUGGAUUCGGAGGGGGUCCAGGGAUGCAGGCAAUACUAUUUCUGAUCUUUUUGAUCUUGUAUGUUUUAUCUGUGGUUGGGAACUUUGGCAUGAUCGUAAUUAUCAGGGUGUACUCCCACCUCCACACCCCGAUGUAUGUCUUCCUCCAAAGUCUUUCCUUGUUGGACAUCUGCUAUUGUUCCACAAUUGCACCUCGGGCUCUGGUGAACUUCUUGCAGAAAGACCACACGGUUUCCUUUGGUGGGUGUGCAGCACAAUUUUUCUUCCUGUCUCUUUUCGGUACCACAGAGGCCUUCCUCCUGGCUGCUAUGGCCUAUGACCGCUACAUAGCCAUCUGUAACCCCCUACAAUACUCUGUGAGUGUGUCUCACCAAGUCUGUGUAUGCUUAGUGGUGGGGUCCUACUUAUGGGUUUUAGUGAAUGCUGUCACUCAAACAACAAUGACUUUCACAUUGCCCUUUUGUGGGUCCAAUGAGAUCAAUGACUUUUUCUGUGACGUACCUCCACUCUUGUCCCUCUCAUGCUCAGAUACAUUUAUAAACCAAUUGGUUCUUCUUGGUUUAUGUGGCUCCAUUAUUGUCAGUACAUUCCUGAUUGUAUUGGUCUCAUACAUCUGCAUCAUAUCAGCAAUUCCGAGGAUCCGUACUGUGCAGGGACGCCAAAAAGCUUUCUCCACCUGUGCCUCCCACCUAACUGGGGUGUGCUUGUUUUUUGGUACUGUUUUCUUCAUGUAUGCACAACCCAGUGCCAUCCUCACCAUGGAUCAGAGUAAAGUGGUGUCCAUCUUUUACACUAUCGUCAUCCCUAUGUUGAACCCCCUGAUAUACAGCCUGAGGAACAAAGAUGUCAAACAAGCUCUGAGGAGCAGCAGGCAGAAGCUCUCUUUGUGAUUCCUGUGGCUGUGAAUCUCUUAAACUGUACUGGACUUCUCUGGAAAUCAUUGCUACUAAAUGGAUUAUGUUUUUCAAAUCUGGCAUUCAUGAGUUUUUUUAGUUUAACUAUUGAAGUCUGUGAUCUAGAAGGUAGAGUCUAUUUUAAUUAUAUUUAAAUGUCUACCGACAAACAGAAAUCUAGAACUUAUGCUAAAUAAAGUGUUGUAAACUGGAAAAACAGAUGAUUGAAUGGAUACAAACUGCAGCACUCUUCUUCAAAGUUCUUCCAUCUCAUGUGUCUAGCAUCAGCUUGUGAGAAUUUCAUACCUUCCACAUCCUCAUUAAUUUUGGUAUAGUCCAUUUUCUUUUAGUCAUUCUUGUAGUAGUGUGGUGUUCUCAUUGUGGUUUUGAGAUGCAUUUCAUAAAUGACAAAUAAUGUUGACCAUCUUUUAAGGUAUUUAUUUUUCAUCUGUACAUCUUUGCUUGGUGAAGUAUCUGCUCAAAUCAUCUGCUCAUUAUUUUUCAUCAGAAUGUUAAUAUUAUUAUUAUUGAGAUCUGCAAAUUCUUCAUGUCUUCUCAAUGCAUGCCUGUUAUGAGAUAUAUGAUUUGCAAGUAUUUUCUCCUAGGCACUGACUUAUCUUUGAAUUACCUUAAGAAUGUUCUUAAAUGAGCAGACAUUUAAAGUUUAAUUAAAUCCAAUUUUAUUUAUAAAUCAUUUUUCCCAUUGUCCUAUCUAAAAAGUCUUUGCCUAACUCAAAGCCACUAAAGUUUUCUCCCAUAAGUUUUAUAGUUUUAGCUGUAAAUCUGUAUGCUGAGCAAAUAGUCCAGUAAUCUGGCAUAUAUGAAGAAGAACAAGACAUUAGAUUUGGAGG